GGUUGAUUCUCCUGAUCCCAGCCCCGGCAGGUAUAAGGCCACUUCCCCAGGCCAAGAGAGCCUAGAAGGAAACGAGACGGGCCACCAUGUCCUUUUGGAGCGGACAGCAAUACCAGAGCCCAGGGGGCUUUGAUCCCCAACUUCCUAGAACCCUGUUCUUGCUGCUGCUGUCUGUGGCCUCUGCCCGGGGUGUCACCCAAAACCCCAAAGACUGCGUGGCGUUCCAGUCAGAGAAAGGCAGUUCCAUCUCCUGCCACCCGCCUGCCGAACUCCCCAGCUCCCUCCCAGCAGACACCUUCCACCUGGUCCUGGAGCUCUUCAACCUGACCCAGCUGCCCCCUGACAUCCUAAAGGGAGCCUCUAAACUCCAAGAAUUGCACCUCUCCAGCAACCGGCUGGAGAGCCUCGCGGCCGAGUUCCUGCUUCCCGCGCCACAGUUGCGGGUGCUCGACCUAACCCGCAAUGCCCUGACCCGGCUGCCACCCGGGCUCUUCCAGGCCUCGGCCGCCCUGGAGACCGUGGUGCUGAAGGAAAACCAGUUGGAGGUCUUGGAAGCCUCGUGGCUGCACGGCCUCAAAGCGCUGGGGUUUCUGGACCUGUCCGGGAACCGCCUCCGGAAACUGCCGGCUGGGCUGCUGGCCAACUUCACUCUCCUGCGCACGCUUGACCUUGGGGGGAACCAGCUGGAGACCCUGCCGCCUGACCUUCUGAGGGGGCCGCUGCGUUUGCAACGGCUGCACCUGGAAGGCAACCGAUUGCAGGUGCUUGGAAAGGAACUGCUCGAGCCGCAGCCAGACCUGCGCUACCUUUUCCUGAACGACAACAAGCUGGCCAAGGUGGCGGCUGGCGCCUUCCGAGGCCUGCGGCAGCUGGACAUGCUGGACCUGUCCAAUAACUCGCUGGCCAGCGUGCCCGAGGGGCUCUGGGCACCCCUAGCGCAGCCCGGCCGGGACAUGCAGGACGGCUUUGACAUCUCCGGGAACCCCUGGAUCUGCGACCAGAAACUCAACGAUCUCUAUCGCUGGCUUGAGGCCACAAAAGACAAGAUGUUCUCGCAGAACGCCACGCGCUGCGCUGGACCCGAAGCCGUGAAGGGCCAGACGCUCCUGGCAGUGGCUGGGUCCCAGUGAGGCCCGGGGUUGGAAUCGGGGUGGGGGCCUGGCAGGACCCUGCACCCCACUUAGCAAAUAAUCCCACCUUCUGGUGAGACUCAACGCUUUCCAUGGCCCCGGCUCACGCCGUGGGCUUUCCGGACCUCCCUGCCUUUGCACGAGCUGUCCCCGCUUCCAAGAUUUGCCCAUAGCCCAGACCUCUUGGUCUCUGGGUCCCCCCGGCCCCCGUCCCUCCCUCCGGACCAGCCCUGGACCCCCCCAGGGUUGUUUUUCUGUGGCCUCCCCGGUUUACGGGGCUCUCAGAGUGCAGCGUCUAUGAUUCAGUCCCACUUAGCUUGGGGUUCGACCUGAGGGGUUUAAUAAAUAACUUGCAAACUGAACUA